CGCGCGCUCUUUUCCUUCGAGAGGGACCGUCUGCCUCCACGCCACGGCGAAGUGCCGUCACUGUCGCAUCUCGCAAUGCGAAGACGUCUGUAGUGCCAAUCGACUUCUUCGACACAUUUGUGGACUGUGCACUGCGUAGCGCUUACUGGAGGCCAAGGAUCACAGAGGUCCUCGCUACUUCGCGAGUGUAUACAAACGGUGAGGCCGAAGCGAGGAAACCGGGGUCGGAUGAUCGAAAUGGCCUCGAGCAAUCGAUGAACGCCAACUGUCGCCCACACUGUAGCGAAGAAAUGUAGACGAUCGAGCACCGGCUGAAAAAGCUCGCGGCGAGAGAACCGUCCCGCUCGCGGCAGGGGCCGUGACGUGAGCGUGCACCGAAUCCGCAGUCGCACAGGCAGUGUGAACGCGAGCAAAGACCAAUGCUGGACGUGUCCGACGUGGUGGGCCAGCUGGGCUGGUACCACCUAGCCGUGGGUGCGAUCACGGUGCUGCGUGCCUUUCCCACCUCGUGGACGCUGCUCAUUGCGCCUUUCAUCGUGCCGGACGUGGAUCACUGGUGCGCCAAGCCCGCCUGGUUGGCCACCAACUGGACGGACGAGCAGUGGAAGGAGAUCGCCAUACCCAUGACAGGUGUGGCGGUGGGCGCAAACAGCAGUGUUGCCAGCCCUCCAGGAGCGCCAAGAUUUGAGCGCUGCCGUCAUCGAGCUGUGUUUGAGAAUGACACUGUAGACCCCGAGACAUUGGUGGCAUGCGACGCGUGGACCUACAACGAAACGGUACCGGGAUCGUCCGCAGUCCCAGAGUGGGACCUUGUGUGUUCGCACGACUGGCAGCGAUCUUUGAUGCAGAGCGUUGUGUUCGCGGGAUCCUUGGUGGGAGCGCUGGCGCUGGGCCGUCUCUCAGACAUGUACGGUCGGCGCUUCAUCUUCUUCGUUUCCAACUUUGGUUUCAUUCUGUUCGCGUCCGUGUCCGCAGCGUCCCCUUCGGCGACCUGCUACAACAGCCUGCGCUUCAUCACUGCCAUUUGCGUCGCCGGAAUUCAGACGACAGCCGCAUCGCUAUUCACGGAAAUUGUCGAGCCACGUCAUCGUAACCUGCUCAACGUGGGCUUCUCGCUGGGAUUCACUCUGCCGACGCUGCUUCUGCCUGGAGUCGCGUACCUCGUGGGAAGCUGGAAGUAUCUACAACUUACCGCUGGCCUCAGCGGCUUAAUCCUCAUCCCGUUCAUCUUCAUUUUGCAGGAGUCUCCGCGAUGGCUGGUGUCCACCCACCGCGAGAAACAGGCUCGUGCGGCCAUACUCAAGAUACUGCGCAUCAACGGACGCCAGGUGCCCGACAUGGAGACCACCAUGCGAGAACUGGUGGAGAAGUCCAAGGCCGACGCCCAGCUCAGUUCCACUAGUCCCGUAGAGAUACUCAGGCACAGGAGGCUACUGCGUAACGCCAUCUUACUCUUCAUCGUAUGGUUCUGCGACAACCUGCUGCUGUUCGCCACGACGCUGUCAUCGGUUGACCUGGGUGGCAGCCGGUUCAUCAACUUCGCCCUUUCGGCGGCGGGCGAGAUCCCUGGAGGCCUGGUCAGCCUGCCCUUAGUGCGCUACUGUCGCCGCCGAAGGUCGCAGGCGGCGCUGCUGCUCCUCGCCGGUCUCGCCGCCAUACUCAUAUCGCUGCUGCCUCUCGAAAACCUGUGGCUCCGCCUUGGUCUAAACAUGACCUCCCGCUUUCUCCUGGUCAUUUCGGGCGCGAUCAAGUGGGUCUUCACCAUGGAGCUCUUCCCAACGGCGACGAGAAGCUUCGGGUUCGCUGCCUGCUUCACCAUGGGACGCAUUGGAGGAAUGGUGGCGCCCUUCAUGAGAGACCUGGGAAUCCACGUGCACACCAUUGCGCCCACCAUCGUGCUCAGCGGUGCCGGACUGUGUGGAGCCACUGCGGCCUGCUUCCUACCGGAAACUCUGGGAAAGCCACUGCCCGAUACUUUCGACGAGGCCAACAACCUCGGCCUGAGGCCGAAACGCAAGUCACGCCUUCGUGGAGACGUGGAUUCCAGUGGCACGGUUCCUCCCGGUAAAUAAAUAAGAUGGGGAGCCACCGACACAACGAAAGCGUACAGGCUAUCACACAAAAGAAAGAAGAAAAAAAAAAAGGCUUUGACUAAGCUGCCUUUGCCGGCAGUGGCUGCCUGUGUGUUGAAGCUGUUGAAAUGCCUGGCUUAACAUUAUUCCUUUGAUACAGGCAGAGUAACAAGAUAAACAGGAACGCAUUGUCACAAUCCUUACA